UGUCACUCGCGAUAGAAAAAGAUCCCCUAUUUGCCCGUGCGUGAAAGAUUCGUUCCCGUGAGGGAAUGCGUGAUCUCCUUCACUCUUUCGAAAAGGUAAACCCCUUUUCAGAGUGACCAAAGUAGAAACUCUACACCAUAGUCGUUGCAAUCUCAAGCUUCCCGCUUCUAUCUUUUCUUCUCCAAUCCUUUUGACUAACUUAACUUCUUCCAUUUUUCUCCACAAAUGCAACCCAUUUUCUUUCCGUUCUAAAUUCCCCUCCAAAAAUGCAAACCAUUUCUAACUCUUUCUCAUUACCAAAUCCACUCAUUUCUCUCCCCGCAUUUCCCUCUCCCGCUAAUAUCCCCCCAAUUUCCAUCCACUUCCGAACUACUCCACGAAACAACCGUAUACGAGCUUCUACAAACGAAUCAACACCUUCCACUUCCGCUUCCGCGUCAGCCAUCACCGUCGACAACUCCACCGACUCCACCGCCUUCGUAAUUCAAGCUCGCAACCGGAUCGGUCUCCUCCAGGUCAUCACUAGGGUUUUCAAAAUCCUCGGUCUCAGCAUUGACAAAGCAACGGUUGAAUUCGAAGGGGAUUACUUCAUCAAGAAAUUCUUCGUCACUGAUUCCCAUGGGAACAAGAUUGAAGAUCAGGAUAAUUUGGAGAGGAUCAAACGAGCAUUGUCGGAGGCGAUCGGCGGUGAUGGCGACGGGAAGGCUUCGGUGACGAUGUCAACGGCGGCUAAUAGAGGGAUUGUGGUGAGGAGAGCUGGAUUCGUGGAAGGGUUUGGGGAGGGGAAGGCGAAAGCAGAGAGAAUGUUUAGUUUGAUGGAUGGAUUUCUGAAGAAUGAUCCUUACAGUCUUCAGAAGGAUAUUAUUCAUCAUGUUGAGUAUACUGUGGCCAGAUCACGGUUUAGUUUUGAUGAUUAUGAAGCGUAUCAGGCUGUGUCGCAUAGUGUGCGGGAUCGGUUGAUUGAACGUUGGCAUGAUACUCACAUUUACUUCAAGAAGAAAAAAGCCAAGCGCCUGUACUUCCUCUCACUUGAGUUUCUCAUGGGUCGAUCCUUGUCAAAUAGUGUCAUCAAUCUUGGCAUCCAAGACCAAUAUACCGAGGCCCUAAGCCAACUUGGAUUUGAGUUUGAAGUUUUGGCCGAGCAGGAAGGAGACGCGUCCCUAGGGAAUGGUGGCCUUGCACGUUUUUCCGCAUGCCAAAUGGAUUCUUUAGCAACUUUGGACUAUCCUGCAUGGGGCUAUGGGUUGCGUUACCAGUAUGGGUUGUUUCGUCAGAUCAUAGUGGAUGGCUUUCAGCAUGAACAACCUGACUAUUGGCUGAACUAUGGAAACCCCUGGGAGAUAGAGCGGAUUCAUGUAACAUAUGAAGUGAAGUUUUAUGGGACUGUUGAAGAUGUGGAUAGGAAUGGAGAAAAACUUAAAGUUUGGAUCCCUGGAGAGACGGUUGAAGCUGUGGCUUAUGACAACCCAAUACCUGGUUAUGGGACAAGAAAUACCAUCAACCUUCGGCUAUGGGCUGCUAAACCAAAUAAUCAAUUUGAUUUGGAGGCCUAUAACACUGGAGACUACAUUAAUUCUAUUGUCAACAAACAAAGGACGGAAACCAUAAGUAAUGUUUUGUACCCUGACGACCGAUCCCAUCAGGGGAAGGAGAUGAGAUUGAAACAACAAUAUUUCUUUGUCUCAGCAUCUUUACAAGAUAUCAUCCGAAGGUUCAAAGAAGCACAUAAUAAUUUUGAGGAUUUGUCAGAGCAGGUUGCUCUCCAUCUAAAUGAUACCCAUCCAUCCCUCUCAAUUGCUGAGAUUAUGCGAAUAUUAGUUGAUGAAGAACAUUUGGGCUGGAACAAAGCAUGGAACAUUGUUAACAAAAUUUUCUCUUUCACAACUCACACAGUGGUAGCUGAAGGGCUAGAGAAAAUCCCUGUAGAUCUUCUUGGCAGCCUUCUUCCUCGCCAUUUACAGAUUUUAUAUGAAAUAAAUUCUCAUUUUAUGGAGGAGUUGAAGAAAAGGAUUGGUUUAGAUUACAGCCGACUUUCCCGGAUGUCUAUUGUUGAAGAAGGUGCUGUGAAGAGCAUAAGAAUGGCCAACUUGUCAAUUGUUGGCUCUCAUACUGUGAAUGGCGUUUCAAAAUUACAUUCAAAUACACUGAAAACGAAAACAUUUAAGGACUUCUAUGAGCUAUGGCCCGAAAAAUUUCAGUACACGACAAAUGGUGUAACCCAGCGUCGCUGGAUUGUGGUGAGCAAUCCCAGUUUAUGCGCUCUUUUAUCAAAAUGGCUAGGCACUGAGGCUUGGAUCCGCAAUGCUGACCUUCUGACAGGAUUGAGAGAUCAUGUUGACAAUACUGAAUUCCGACAAGAAUGGAAAAUGGUUAAAAGGCUUAAUAAAAUGAGGCUAGCUGAGUACAUCGAUACGAUGAGUGGCUUGAAGGUCAGUUUGGACGCAAUGUUCGAUGUUCAGGUGAAGCGUAUCCAUGAAUACAAAAGACAGUUGCUUAAUAUAUUUGGAAUUAUCCAUAGAUAUGACUGUCUCAAGAAUAUGGACAAGAAUGAUAGAAGGAAAGUUGUACCUCGUGUUUGCAUAAUUGGUGGGAAAGCGGCUCCUGGCUAUGAAAUUGCAAAAAAGAUUAUCAAACUUUGUCACGCUGUUGCAGAAAAAAUAAAUAACGAUGCUGAUAUUGGAGAUCUUCUGAAAUUGGUUUUUAUCCCUGACUAUAAUGUCUCUGUUGCUGAAUUGGUGAUUCCAGGGGCUGACCUCUCUCAGCAUUUAAGCACUGCAGGACAGGAAGCAUCUGGAACUGGGAGCAUGAAGUUUUUGAUGAAUGGAUGUUUACUUUUAGCUACAGAAGAUGGAUCUACGGUAGAAAUAGUUGAAGAAAUAGGAUCGGAAAACAUGUUUCUUUUUGGUGCUAAAGCGCAAGAAGUAGCAGAGCUGCGUGAGAAAGGAGGUACUUUGAAAGUUCCUCUACAAUUUGCCCGUGUCGUGAGGAUGGUUCGAGAUGGAUAUUUUGGUGAUAAAGACUACUUUGAAUCCUUAUGUGACACAGUUGAAGUUGGUAAUGAUUUAUAUCUUCUUGGUUCGGAUUUUGGGAGUUACCUCGAGGCACAGGCUGCUGCCGACAAAGCAUUCGUUGAUCCAGAGAAGUGGAUCAAGAUGAGUAUUCUCAGUGCCGCUGGCUCUGGGAGAUUUAGUAGUGACAGGACCAUUCGAGAGUAUGCAGCGAGAACAUGGAAAAUUGAUCCCUGCCAAUGCCCUUUCUGAUCUAUAAGGAUCCAUUACUCGAAACUAACUAGUAAUUAGUAUCAGGGACCCUGUCACAAAAAUAUCGGCCAUGCAUGACAUAUAGGUUUUAUCGACGAAAGUGCACCUUUGGAACCUUUUGUUCAUUGGUUCUCAGGUUGCUGCUCAAUUUCACAUUGCUCAAUAAAUUAUAGUAUAACUAUGCAAUGUUUUUCCCUCAAUAAAUUAUAAUUUGUUAGUUUAUGCUCAAGAAAUCAAACCUGGGUUAAUCUUUAUCACUUUACUCA